AUUGAAGAAUCUAUUUUACCGAAAUACUUCAAUAUCGAGUAGUUCUUGGUGUUGUUAAACUGUAAAAAAUGGCAUCAAAAUGGCUAAUUGCAGGACUACUGUGCUUCAAUAUUUUCAUAUUUUGCGACACAAAUGAAUUGAUUUCCGUUGUGACGAUAUUCCGUCACGGUAACCGAGCACCAAACUUUUUAUAUACAACAGAUCCUUACAAGGAAAUGGCUUCAGAAAUAUGGCCUGAAGGUUUUGCUGAGUUAACCAAAGUCGGCAAAAAUCAACAUUACCGAUUAGGCAAAUGGCUUCGUCAAAGAUAUAAUGACUUCUUACCAGAAAAGUACACCAACAAAUUUUUAUAUGUGUUGUCGUCUAAUGUUGAUAGAUGCCUAAUGUCGGUGUCUUCAAAUCUGGCAGGAUUGUUUCCCCCUAGAGGAUACCAAAUAUGGAAUGAAGAAUUACCCUGGCAACCUAUCCCUAUCCACACAAAACCACAAACUCAGGAUGCUUUACUAUUUGCAGGGAAGCAAUGUUUCAAACAUAUCAGACUUUUGCAAGAAUUCCAUAAUUCGACCACAUACCAGAACUUCUAUAAGGAAAAUAAAUUUAUCUUUGACUACGUAAGCAACCAUACAGGAAUGGAAGUGAGAGAUCCUGAUUAUCUAACAGCCAUUCACGACAUUUUAACUAUAGAAUCUAAGGCCAAUCUGACAUUACCAGAGUGGACGAAGCUAGUGUAUCCUCGACAUACCCUUCCAAUAGCAGUAUACAGUUUUUCCAUACCAGCCUUAACACCAGAACUAGCAAGAUUGAAAUCAGGUCCUUUGAUUGAUUAUAUAGCUUCAUUUUUGGAAAAUUCCUUAUAUAAUCCAGAAACAGCUCAUAAGUUUUUGAUGAUGUCAGGACAUGAUACCACUCUAUCAUUCUUAUUAACAUCUCUAGGUAUAUUCGACAACUCCUGGCCAGAGUAUGCUUCUUCUGUCAUAUUUGAACUAUGGAACAAAGCCAAUGAUAGCGUAGUCAAUAUUUAUUUCAAAAACAGCACCGAUUUAUACCCACUUCAGUUACCCCAAUGUGAGUUUGAUUGCCAGUUGAAUAAGUUCCAGAAAAUUAUAGAGCCAAUAAGAGUUAACGAAGCUGAAUGGGAAAAAGAAUGCGUUCGAGGAGAAAAUAUUGAAAAUAUUGUUGUACCAAAGGAUCCACGGCUCUAAUUUUUUAUUUUAUUUGUGUAUGUCCAUUUUAUAAGUUGAAAUUUUUUUUCCAUUUUAGAAUAAAUAUUGUAUACACAAACAGAUUCCUGUAUAUUUUAAAAUAUUGGCAUCAAGCCAGUCAUAUAUUUAAAAUGUCCUGGAAAAAUGUAACCUAACAUUCAUGAUGUUUUUUAAACUGUAUUUUCAUUGUGAUUUUUUUAUAAUAUUUAACUGUGUUAAAAUUAUUAUUGAAAUUAUACCUAUAUCUGAAUGAAAAAAAUAAAGUAUCUUUUUAUAUUCGUUUAUUAAUUUCUAACGUU